CGCGCGAGGGCGCCGCUCGGGGCCGCGCGAGGACGCCGCCUGGAGGCCGCGCGAGGACGCCGCUGUGGGGUCGCCUGAGGGCGCCGCGUGCAUCGCCGGACCACCACGCCAUCACCGCAGGAGGGCCGCGCGCCUCUGUGUGCCAGGAGAGCACCACCGGUAGGGGUAGGCCAUUGACGAGAUCUGAAACAGCUCAGUGAACGAGGUGUAGAUCCAUCCAUCUUGUGGUCUUGGUGAUGCGCAACAACCAGUCCCUUCAGAUCAAGAAGGUUCAAGUUCGGAAACCUCUUGUCAACAGAGAAGCCAUGGCCAAGGGAAAGGCUAAGGCUGAUGCUUUUGUACCUUCUCGUGAGAGGUCUCUGAAUUGGCAUGAGGAUCAGACAAAGUACAUGCUUGAGUGGUGCAUGGAGUAUUUGAAGAAAGAACAUGUAGGAUUCAAGUUCAAGAAGUCACAUCUCCUGUUGUGUGCCAAUGCUUUAAACAAAAAGUUUGCUAUGGGGGUGACCGUUGAUCAAGUGGACCGCCACUACAGGUACCACAAAGAAAAUUGGAAGUACAUUGCAAUAGCAUUGAGCAAUAGCGGCAAUACAUUUGAUGAAACUAGAUGCAUGGUGAUUAUUUCAGAAUCUGAAAAGGCGCGUUUAUGUGACAGAGCCAGACGCCUGCUUUCUAAGCCUAUUAAGUUCUACAAUGAAAUGAAAGAACUAUUCAUGGGAUCAAAUGCUAAUGGAUCUUUGGCUAUGGAUCAGAACACAUGCAUGGAUGUUGAUGAUGGCUCAGAUAGUGAUGACUCAAGAGAACUAAUUGACCUCAAUGCCUACACACUGCCUGAAGAAGUUGAAGGUGAGGAUUCAGAUACUUUGCCAACUCCAACUAUACAUGCACCGGUUGAUAUUCCAUCUUCCAGCACUGAUCAAGUUAGUAGGAAGCGUCCAAGAGCCAAGAACUCUCCAACUAAGAAACCAAAACGCAAGAGUCGUUUUGCAGACUCAACUGAUGAAAUAUCUGCUACAAUGAAGUCACUUCGAGAAACACUAGCUGCCACUGCCCCUCCUCCAAUGCCACAACUUAGUGAUCCUCAUGCAGCAUUAUGGGGAAGACUAGAGGCAAUUCCAAUGACAUCAGAUCAGAGGGUUCUUGUUGGUGAGCACUUAUCUUCCAAGGAGAAUAAAGGCUUGUGAGGUUGGCUGGUCAUAUUUUGUGCCAUGUCGAAGAACUUAGCUGGGUGCUUAUUUUGCUUGUGAUCAUGACUUAUGGUGGCUGAUCAUAUUGUGUGCCCAGAAACUUAUUUAUGUGCUUAGUUUGAUUGUCGUGAAGACUGAUGGCAUGUUGGAUGUGUGCUCACUUUGCCUGGGCUGUAAUGAGCCAUGCUUGGCUACUUGCUGAUUUUGUAAUUAGUAUUGUAAUAUAAAUCUCCUAGGCUUAAACCUUCUACAUAUAUGUAUAUAUAUGUUGUUCUCUGAAAAAUGAGUGUGAUCCUACUAUGACAAUGAGGUAUUUUUCAUUCA